AUGGUUGCAGCUGUGCAGAAAAGUGAAGAAUCAGCCAACGAUCAACGUGGACUUCCCAAUGCCAAAAUUCUAGAUGCACAUUCUUCGAAAAAGUCUGUUGGAAAAUCUCGUAAGGCUCGUGUACAAAGGCAAAUGAAAUUCCAACAGGAGCAGCCACACAGUUCGCAAUUUCAGUCAAUGGUUUCAAACUAUCUCGGUCGCAACGGCAAAGCUUCUGGUACAAAUCGGGCAGCGGAAUCUCGGACGGACAAUGUUGUUGCUGCAAAUUCUAGGCAUGCGAAUGGGGACGUCAGAACAAUUUUGUUGUCUAAAAGGCAUUCAACUGCCACUAAGCCCAAUAAUUCUUCUAAUUUGAAGGAAUUAAGCUUAUUUGAUGAAGUUUUGCAUGUGUAUUCACCUUCUCAGCGCCCUCGAAAAGGUAGUUUCAUGGACUUUACAUUGGUUCUACCUAAUAAGCAAAGUCAUGAAAUUACUAGUGAUUCGAAUAAGGUGAAGGGUAGUGGGAGGCAAUCUCAAACAAUGCGUGUCGAUAGCCGUAUGGAAACUGUUUCGAAUCCACAAGCCAAUUUUAUUCCAAGCUCGCAAACUGUCAGACUCAGUCGGAUUCAGCUCCUAAAGGACUACGAUGAACUUCCAUCUCAACGCGUACUGCACUAUCAGGGAGCAAGGGACCGAAAGAUCAGACAUUUGCAGGUGGGACGCAGUGUGACCACUUACACACAAACAAAUAACGACAGCUUUCGGGAGAUACAAAGUAGUCACAAGAAUAGGCAGUUGAGAGGAGGAGCGGAUGAUCAAUCCGCCACACUGACUCGUCGCACGUACAAACGCAAUAACUCGGUGGGGCGUGUAAAUGCUGAACGAACUAACGAUCGAAUGGUCAAUGGACUUUAUACGGACAAUCGAAAAAGUCUCACCGUAUUAUCACAGAAGAAUAGAAAAAGCUCCAUGGAUAAUGCUGGCCUUCGGAGAAGUCAGACUGGUUUUGGACAAACCAUCGGAAGAGGUUUCAGAACGAACAACGAUCAAAGUGUCGCUCGACUUUCAGUAAGUAUAGUGGACUCUCCCCCACCGGUGGCAGAACGAUCCAAGCAAUACCGAUCUCAUAUGGCAUUUCAGCUGCCUAAUCGUGUUAACAUUCCUCCAAGACAGCGACUCCAGCGUAGCUAUCGAAGCAUUUACGAUCGAGUCAUUGCCUCUGAGCAUCAAGCCUCCCCUACUCUACAGAGUAGAUACGAAACUCCUUCUACUUGGAGCCAGUUGGAACAACUCCAGGCUGACCAUAGGUACGGUUUUACAAACACACCACUAGCACAAAGUCGUCCAACCAACACGAUUCGGACGCUGCAGCCACAGAUUUUGGUUAGACGUGCAGCAGUUCAAUCGUCUCUGAAUGAUUCACCGAAAGUAAAGACGUCUCCAGCCGAAACAUUUCCACAAAAGCAGACAAGAAAUAGGGUGGCAGAAUCGAAGUCAUUGAAUCACCUAAAGACUUUGGUAAAUUCGAACGGGUUUAGGGAGCAUCCAGCUUUUACACUUCCCAAAGGGCCUGUUCGUCAGAAUAAACCUUCUGUUCCAGUUGCCAAUUGCUCAUUUACUCAAUUGAAGAAUCUACUGGCUAGGGAAGUAGACCCUGGGGACCCUCGAUCGCUAUUGAAAGAGCUCGGGACGAUUGGUGAGGGCAGCACCAGUGUGGUGAAGUUGGCCCUCCAAUUGCCAGACAACACUCUUGUGGCUAUCAAGAAAAUGAAUAUCGCCAGCCAACAGCGACCUGAACUCCUUAUUAAUGAGGCGGUGCUCAUGCGCACUUUUUCUCACCCCAAUAUUGUGAAAAUGUUUUCCUGCUACUUGGUUAAUGACGACUUUUGGGUGGUUAUGGAAUUCAUGGAUUGUGGAGCUCUUACAUCCAUUCUCUCACAUACUCGGUUAUCGAAAGUUACUUUCACACUCACUGUCCUUGACUCCGUGUCAAAGCGGUUUUUUAAAGUAGUGAAAAUUGAAAAGUGUGCCUAUAGUUACGAUACAACUUAUUUUUACAGACUGAGCGAAAAUCAAAUAGCAACCCUGAGUAUCCCCAUUCUUUCCGCGUUGGCCUUUCUUCACAGCAAUGGCAUCAUUCACCGAGACGUCAAAUCGGACUCCAUUUUACUUGCUUCUGAUUUUAAAGUAAAACUAUCUGAUUUUGGAUUUUGCGCCACAUGUCCACGUCGACGGAGUUUAGUUGGAACGCCUUAUUGGAUGGCACCUGAGGUGAUAGCUCGAGCUCCCUACAGCACAGCAGUCGAUAUUUGGUCCUUUGGUGUGCUGAUUAUCGAAAUGGUCGAUGGAGAACCAAGUCUUUUUAACGAAACGCCCUCUGUUGCUAUGCAUCUCAUCCGAGAAAGUUAUACGCCUCACCUCAAACACCCAGAGAACCAAUCUGUUGACCUUCGCGAUUUCCUUAAUGCUGCUCUGACACGGAACGAUGCUAAAAGAGCGACUGGGGCACAGCUACUGCGACAUCCUUUCCUCAACGUCGCCGGACCUUCAACUUGUCUACGGCCGCUUUUCAAGACGGUACUGGGACGAAAAUGA